UUCACGGAGUGGAAAACGCAGGCGGCACAAAGGGGUUAAAUAUAGCGGCGUGCCAGCUCACCAAAGACGCCCGCGUCAGCUUCCUUGUCAGAGCCGGCGUCUCUGUGCGCGCGCGCGCGCCUCGGUGUCUCUCUGUGCGCGUCUGUCCGUGUGGAGUUUUCUGUGUGUACGUGUGUUGUGUGUGUGUGUCUAUAUAUCCGCCUGUCUCUAUUGAUCUGCUUGUCCGUCUGCCUGUCAUCUUGAUUUCUUGUCACUCUUGCUAUCUGCCCAUAUUUCGCUCUGUCAGUCUACCUGUCUGUCUGCCUGUCUAACUACCUGCAUGUCUGUCUGCCUGUCUAACUACCUGCAUGUUUACCUACCUGCCUGUCUGUCUGCCUGUCUAACUACCUGCCUGUUUACCUACCUGCCUGUUUACCUGUCUGCCUGUCUGCCUGUCUGUCUAUCUCCCAGUCUGUCUACCUGCCUGUUUACCUGCCUGUCUAACUACCUGCCUGUUUGCCUACCUGCCUGUCUUCCUGCCUGUCUUCCUGCCUGUCUACCUGCCUGUCUGUCUACCUGCCUGUCUACCUACCUGCCUGUCUGUCUGCCUGUCUAACUACCUGCCUGUUUACCUACCUGCCUGUCUGCAUGUCUGUCUACCUGCCUGUUUACCUACCUGCCUGUCUUCCUGCCUGCCUGUCUGUCUGUCUCCUUGUCUGCCCGUCUGCUUCCCUGCCCGUCUUGUGACCGUUCCGCGCGAGGCUCCACGUCGGAAAUGAACGCAAAUGUUUUCCGAGAGCGUCCCGAAGAUGUGGAGGCGACGGGGGGAAUUAUUCGCCCGUGGCCACGCAGCGGACCGCGAAUCCUCAUCAUCGGCUGCGGAUUAGCGGGACUCGGAGCCGCAGUGACCCUGGCCAAGAGCGGCGUCCGGGGAUCCAAGCUGUUGGUGCUGGAGGCGCUCGAGCGAGCCGGAGGUCGCGUCCACACGGCUCGGCCAUUCCGUCUGGGGCACGCCGCCGAGCUGGGCGCUGCGUGGAUCCACGGAGAGAAUGGAAACCCCCUGUACCGGCUCGCCCAGACGCACGGACUGCUGGCCACUGGCAGGGCUAGCGGCCAGGAUGGAGGGGAUCAACAGAAGGACCGGGAUGAUCACGAGGAGUACCGCAUGUGCGAGCCGAGCUGCUACCUGCCAGACGUGGACCACUUCUUCACGGAACGCGGAGAGCGACUGCCCUCGGGCACAGUGUCUGAGGUCUGCAAGCGUUUCAGCGAGAUCAUGGGUGACGCAUUCGGAGAGACCGACAGAGUGUACGGGGGCACUGGUGGCACCGAGGCUCCUUCCGCCGCAGCGGGUCACAGGAGCGUGGGAGACUUCCUGGAUGAAAAAUUCUUCUCGUCGUCGUCGUCGUCAGGAUCCUGGGACGAGGCGAGCAAAGGCGUGUUCGAGUGGUGCAAGCGCAUCGAGUGCACGGACGAAGCGUGCUCCUCCAUGUACGACUUCGACCUCUCGGAGCUGGGUCACUACUCGGGGUUUGAGGGCCGCUUCUUCAAUUCGCUGGGGCCCCGCGGAUUCAGCGCCAUCGUGGACACGCUGGUGGAUCGCCUGCCCGUGGGCAGCGUGAUCUUUAACAAGGCGGUGUCCUCCAUCCACUGGGGCCUCCGCACAGAACAGACCGCAGCCGAGGGAGGCGCAGGUGCCCACCCAGUGCGGGUCGUGUGCGAGGAUGGAUCGGAGUUCCACGCUGAUCACGUCAUCGUCACAGUGUCGCUGGGAUACCUGAAGACCAACGGGGCCUCCAUGUUCCAUCCGCCGCUGCCACCGAGGAAGCUAAGGGCCAUCGAGCGCCUGGGCUUCGGCGCCGUCAGCAAGAUCUUCCUGGAGUUCGAGAGGCCCUUCUGGCCGCACGGCUGGGACAGUAUGCAGUUCGUGUGGAACGAGGGGCCAGAGGAUCGAGCCGUGCACGAUAGGACGUUGGAGGUCCCAGCAGGUCGGGAAGGAGGAUCUGCCAGAGCUGCAGGCUCGUGGCAAGACAGCUGGUACAAGAAGAUCACCGGCUUCAACUCGGUGGCACGGCACCCGAACGUGCUGUGCGGCUGGGUGACUGGCAGGGAGGCGCGGCACAUGGACACGCUGGAGUCAAGCGUGGUGGGGGACGUGUGUGUGAGGUUGCUGCGGCAGUUCACGCGGCUGCCCGUGAGCCGGCUGGUGCAGGUGCUGGUGACCACGUGGAACAAGGAUCGUUUCUUCCAGGGCGCCUACACCUACAUCCCCCUCGGGGUGAACGCGCGCACGGAGCAGCAAGCCCUGGCCGAGCCUGUACCUGGGCGCAGGGACCCCCAGGUGCUGUUCGCAGGCGAGGCGACGGACGUGAACUUCUACACGACCACACACGGAGCGCUUAUGAGCGGACGGAGGGAGGCUCAGCGUCUCCUGAACCGCUACACUCCGCCUGCCGCGCUCUGAACUCCGUAGGUGGCGGGUGAAGAUAUUAUUUGGGGAAAUAAAAUAUACCUUUUAAAUACAACAAUCCCUCGCCAAACCGCGAAGGUACGUUCCUGAAAUCCGGUGUGGUUGGCAAAAACCGCGGUUGGCUAUAUGAACGCCUUAAGGGAAAUAUGGGAUUAGAGCAACCAUGGGCGCGUUCACACUCGUCAAAGCCAAAGUUGCCUGUUCCUUCACUAAACACAAAUAGAAUACUGAGGGUUGAAGUCCGUGGCGACGACGAUGGCGCUGAUGAUCAGCUAAUGGUGGUUGCUUGAUCGAAGAAGGGCUUUGGGCACCCUCUACCUCCACGUGCUGGUGGCAGAGGUCGCAAACGGGUUUUGAUUCCUUACCCGUACCCGUACCCGGCCGCACCAGGGUCGCAAACGGGUACCCGUACCUGGCCGGGUACGGGUAGCCGGGUAUCGGGUAGGGUACGGGUAUCGGGUACCCGGUUGCGACCUCUGGCUGGUGGGAAGAGAGCGGUGGUGGGUGCUGGGAGAUGAGACGAUGCACGGAGGGAAAAGAGAUGUGGGUGAUUUUAAAUCACAAGUGCCGGUCUCCGUGCUCAACUGCGGAUACAAAAAACUCCAUACCGCGGUUAGUAAAUUGGUAUGCCGAAGGAAAACCGUGGAUGCAUAUAUACGGCGGAUGAAACGCACGUGGUUGGUGAGGGAUUGAUGUAUAUAUAACAAAAACAUUUCAAGUCAUAUCUUUUAUUUUGAGAAAAGUAUUUUUUUAUGAAAGAAAUACAUUCGAUUAAGGAAAACUUUGUCUUAAAUCUAAUAUAUCAUAUUUAAUCACGAAAUUUGUUAUGCUAUUUUUGGUUUACGUCUCACAUGCUGUUUUGUUGUUGCAAUUUAAAUAAUGAGAUUUAGUUUUUAUUAUAAUUAUACCAAUCUAAAGAUUCCUUUUCAGGAGAGUCCUGUAUGGUGAUAUUUUACCAAUUUACAGUUAUCUAUUGAGUGUUUUGCUUAUUGUGAAUUAAAAUGAUGAGAAACCCCACCACAGAAAUUGGUUCACGAACAUAUUUGCUGUACAGUCACAUUUUGGCCAUCUCGCAGGCCAGCGGGUUUAGAAGCUCCACAAAUAUCUUAGUGAUUAAUCAACCCUUGGUGUCAAAAGGGCUGGAUCACAGAUCAAAUAUCUCUUAUACAAAAGUCAUAGAAAUCAAUCUACCACGAAUAAUCAACAUCAAUGUCACGUGACUAGUGUGAGCAUAGCAUGCCGGAUCUGUGAGAACCAUCAAACUGCACCUGCCAAAAUGAAACGUGUGAAUGUGAAUCGUGUUAGGGAGCCCAAUGUAAUUUAAGUUAAUCAAGUGUAGUUUUCGGAUGCUAUCAUGAUGUAAUGGUGAGCACACUGGAAUUUCAAUGCAGAUAUCAUCAGUUUGAACUCCCAGCACGAUAUUUGAGCCCCUGGGUACGUUUCUUAAAUCGCCCCCGCCUCUGUCCACCCAGAGUAUUGAUGGGUACACCACAGUCAAUCGGCAGAUAUAGCAUGUGGUGGGGUAAAGUGUGGGUACUCUCAUCUCUGGCCAGCAUGGCAGAGUAGACAAAAUACUCUCGUCUCUAGACGGAUUUCUAGCGCUCUCUGUCGUGAAGGCCCUGUUGCCAACAGAGGCAAGGAAUUUAAGAACCUCACGCUUUACACCUGAUGCAGUUUCCAAUUGUGUGAUGUGUAAGUCAAUUAUUGCAAAAGUAUUUAACUGUUAAGCUGCUAAUUAACAAUAAAAUCAAAAGUUAACA